AUGGGCAAGGUCAAGGGAAAGCAUCGUUUGGACAAGUACUACCGCCUUGCCAAAGAACAUGGCUAUCGCUCUCGUGCCUCCUGGAAACUCGCCCAGCUCGACUCCAAAUACAACUUCCUCCGUUCCUCCCAUGCCGUCCUCGAUCUCUGCGCCGCCCCUGGUGGUUGGAUGCAAGUCGCCGUUGAGCGGGUUCCCGUUGGUAGCCUCGUUGUCGGUGUCGAUUUGGUUCCUAUUGCGCCCGUUCGCGGUGCGCUCGCUAUUGAGCAGGAUAUCACCAGGCCGGAGUGCAAGGCGAGGCUCAAGAAGAUUAUGAAUGAGAAAGGAUGUGCUGCUUUUGAUUUGGUCUUGCACGAUGGGUCGCCGAAUGUUGGUGGAGCUUGGGCGCAGGAGGCUAUGAGCCAGAAUUCGUUGGUUAUUGAUUCUGUCAAAUUAGCUACUCAAUUACUGGCUCCUAAGGGUACAUUUGUUACCAAGGUUUUCAGGUCACAAGAUUACAGUUCUGUCCUAUAUUGUCUCAAGCAGUUGUUUGAAAAGGUCGAGGUGGAUAAACCAGCAGCAAGUCGAUCUGCAUCUGCUGAAAUUUAUGUUUUGGGUCUUAGGUAUAAGGCUCCUGCAAAGAUCGAUCCUCGUCUUCUUGAUGUGAAGCACCUAUUUCAAGGAUCUGUAGAACCCCAACGGAAGGUUGUGGAUGUACUUAGAGGAACAAAACAAAAGAGACAUCGUGAUGGGUAUGAAGAUGGAGAUAUGACUCUUCGGAAAGAAUCUUCUGCAUCUAAUUUCAUCUGGUCAGAUUCUCCUCUUGAGAUACUAGGAACUGUUACUACUAUAACUUUUAACGAUCCUGCUUGCUUGCCGAUUAAGGAUCAUGAAUUAACAACCGAAGAGGUUAAGACACUGUGUGAUGAUUUGGGUGUCUUGGGAAAGCAAGAUUUUAAGCAUCUGCUGAAGUGGCGAUUGCACAUAAGAAAGGCAUUAUCUCCCAAGCAAAAGGUUACGUCCACUUCUGUUAAUGAUGCUGAAAAUGAGGUUAAGCAAGAUGAAGAUGAUAAAUUACUAAACGAGAUGGAGGAGCUGACGUAUGCUAUGGAACGGAAGAAGAAAAGGGAAAAGAAGCUUCUUGCAAAAAGGAAAGCUAAGGACAAAGCUAGGAAAGCGUUGGGGAUGCAACUAGAUGUCAUGGAAGAUGGUUAUAUUGAUCACGAGUUAUUCUCUCUUUCUAACAUCAAGGGUAAGAAUGAUUUAAGAGUUGUUGAUUCAACUGAAUAUGAUGAUGAUAAUGAUGAGAUGGGAGAACAAGAAAAUGGUGUAACCAAAGAGGAAAACCAUGGGUCUUCAGAUAGUGAUAUUGACUCUGAUGAAGAGCGCAGAAGGUAUGAUGCACACAUGGAGGAAUUGUUGGACCAGGCUUAUGAAAGCUUUGUUGCCAGAAAGGAAGGAAGUACAAAGCAGCGAAAACGUGCAAAAAAAGCCUAUUCUGAUGAUGCCGAGCUGCUUAAGGAGGAUGAGAGUGGAGGUGAUGGUCCAUCUGAUUAUGACUCUGAUGAGAACCUGGUAGACGAGGAUAAGAAUCCACUGAUGGUAUCUCUUGAUGAUGGUGGAGUGCCAACUGAAGAGGAGAUCGCAAACAAGUGGUUCAGUCAGGAUAUUUUUGCUGAAGCAGUAGAGGAUGGAGAUUUGAAGGAGUUGGUGGAUAGCGAAGAUGAUAUGCAGAUUGAUAGACCAAAAGAAAAAGCUGCUGUUUCCAAGGAAGCCAAACCAAAUAUUUCAAAGAAAGAAAGAGAGAAGUCGAAAACUUCAACAAAUGCGAGAGAAACUGAUAAAGAAGACGAUGGAUUCGAGGUAGUCCCUGCCCCGGCUACGGAUUCAAGCGAUGAUUCAUCUUCUGAUGAAUCUGAGGAUGAAGAUCCUGACACAAAGGCUGAGAUAUUGGCAUGUGCAAAGAAAAUGCUGAGGAAAAAGCAAAGAGAGCAGAUUCUUGAUGAUGCUUACAACAAAUACAUGUUCGAUGAUACAGGCUUGCCCUCGUGGUUUUUGGAUGAGGAGCGAAGACACCGACAGCCAAUAAAGCCUAUAACCAAAGAGGAGGUUGCUGCAAUGAAAGCACAGUUUAAGGAAAUCGAUGCCCGCCCUGCUAAGAAGGUAGCUGAAGCUAAAGCACGCAAGAAACGAGUUGCAAUGAAGAAACUCGAGAAGGUUCGCAAGAAGGCAAAUUCCAUCUCAGACCAGGCUGAUAUAUCAGAUAGAUCAAAGAGGAAGAUGAUCGAUCAACUCUACAAAAAAGCAGUACCCGAGAGACCCAAAAAGGAAUUUGUGGUUGCAAAGAAAGGAGUUCAAGUCAGAGUUGGAAAGGGUAAAGUCUUGGUCGAUCGACGUAUGAAGAAGGACAUGAGGAAGCAUGGAAUGAGCAAGCAGGGAAAAGGUUCAAAGAAGGGAAAGGGAAAGGGAAAGAACUCCAAGGCUCCAAGAGGCAAGGGAGGACCUGCUAAGGCUUCGGGGAAGAAGGGAAGAAAAUGAAACAAAUGAAGAUGGAAUACAGAGAGAUGAAGCAUUCUCCCAAUUUAAUAUCUCUCGUGCAAAAUUUUGUAGUUGAUUCAAUUUUGAUGAAUUUUCUUUGUCGAUCAAGAGCUAUUUCGUGGAAGUUCAACAUAGCUUUUUAACUUAAAAAUGCAUUUUGUAGUAACAGAUGAAUGAUAAGUUAUUAUAAUCGCUAAGUGGACAAGACAUUAAUUAUCAUUCUAAAUAUCAUGUAUUUCUCA